CUGGCUCUAGUUUACGGAGUACAACCAGAUCAAUUCAAAGUCCCGAGUUAGGUAGAUUCCGGGAGUACGAGUACCAUUGGGGGGGAAAAGAGAGACAAACAAACCAAAAUAAAAAUGACGACUCCGUACCCUUACCAAAAAGAACUCGAGGUCGGACUCUCGGCCGUCCGACGCGCCGCUCUCCUCACCAAGACCGUCCUCUCGUCAGUGGACAAGGGAGCGCAGACCAAGGACGACAACAGUCCCGUCACGAUAGCCGAUCUAGGUGCACAAGCACUUCUCAUAAGCGCCAUACACCACAAUUUUCCCGACGACCAGUUUGUGGGUGAAGAGUCAUCCGAAACGCUCAGAAAAGACCAAGGUCUUUGCGAUCGAGUAUGGGACCUGGUUCGGACGACGGGUCAAGAGUGUCAUGACUUCCAGCAUAUUCUCUGCACGGUCGCCUCGAGAGAAGACAUGCUGGAAGCCAUCGACCGCGGGGGUGGUGGUCGCGGCGGGAACUCGGGUAGGAUCUGGAUGCUCGACCCGAUCGACGGGACCAAAGCAUUCAUGACGGGAGGACAGUACGUCGUCGCUCUCGCCCUGGUUGAAGACGGGGAACAGCGCGUCGCUGUUCUGGGUUGUCCGAACCUGAGCCUCGAACGGUUCGGUGAACGAGUCAGUGAUGAGACCGCGGACCCGGGAGGUGAUGGCGUCGUGGUGUCGGCGGUGCGUGGCCAGGGGGCCUACAUGAGACCUCUGUCUUCCGUACUCUCUCCCCAGUCGGACUCCGAGGUGCUACGCAGAAUCAGUAAACCACCGCGGAGGUCUGGACAGCCUGUUCAAUUCGUCGAGUCGACACAGAGUCGGUCGAGCGACCUCGACGCCCACCGAGACGUCGCGACAAUCCUAGGCUCCAAGUGGCCCGGCACCGAGGUGUUUGCGAUCCAGAUGCGGUACAUCGCCGUGGCCGCGGGACACUGCGACGUCAUGGUCCGGAUUCCCAGCGACGACACGCAUCGCGAGAUGGCCUGGGACCACGCCGGUGGGGUGCUGGUCCUGCAAGAGGCGGGCGGCAAGGUCGAGGAUCUCGACGGGAAUCCGAUCGACUUUGGAGCGGGGAGGAAAUUACAAUCCAAUCAUGGCAUCGUUGCGGCCUUGAACGACGUGCACCCACGGGCUUUGGAAACAGCACAAAGAGUUGUACGAGAUCGAUCGAAACCAUCAUGAUCACCACCACCACUUGACAAUGGCUUUUUCACAGACGUUCUAUAUCCUUCCAACCCCCAGUGCGCAAGCCAAGAAGUUAUACGAAUAUGCGACACACGACGGUGCCAUACAUACAAACACUGUCUCUGUACUAGACACUCAGAAAAUCCCUUCUUAUUGAACGAUCCGACCGAGAAUGGACUCCUACUCCCGCUGCAACCCAAGUUCUUUCACUUUUUACAGUACUUUAGUCCCAGCCGUUGCAGUUGUCGAGCCAGACUUCGGUGCUGCAUGCAACAAAGUUUGUGAUGGCACGCUUGGCCUUGUUCUCGACCGGGGCAGCUUCGACAGGUGCAGCUUCAACGUCUCUCUUGACCACUGCUGGCUCGGGAGCGGGAGCGGGCGCAGCUUCUGGUUCUGGUUGUGGUUCUGGCUCAGGCUCAGGCUCAGGUGCAGCUUCACGCUUGACAACUGGCUCAGCGGCGGCAUCAAUGACGUCUCUCUUCACAACAGGUUCUGGGGAAGACCAGCCGUUGCAGUCAUCGAGCCAGACAUCGGUACGGCAUUCGACAAAACGUCGUUCAAUCUUGGUCACUUCCUCCCGCUUGAUCUUGAGAUCUUUGGUUCUGAAACCGGGCUCGGAGAGUCCUCCAUCAGGGUUGGUGAGAGCACCGCCGAAGCCAAGGAGGGUGUUCCAGGUAUCGGCGGUCGACUUGUUGCGUGUUCCCAAGGUUCGGACCUUGGCCUGAGCAUCACGGCAGAGCUCCUUGGCGGCCUCGUUGGCGUUGCAAGCUGUGCUGAGCUGAUCACAGAUUCUGUUGGUGAUGAUGUCUUUUUCGGUCGUUAGCACGGUUUCUCACAAGCAACGGAAAAGAGACAUACUUGGGUUCAACGCCUCUUGUUGGCCACGAGCACACAACGGGUCAGUGGGCAGGAAAGUAAAGUCGCCAGCAGAUCGUCCACCAAGACCACCUUCAAAUUUCAUGGUCGGAAUGCAAAGACCAAAGUCUGGGUCUUCUUUGAUUGUUUUCUCAGACAAUCUUGCCCUCGGUGCGGCGAGCGAGGUCGUCGCGAAGAGAAGAGCGACCGCUGCAGUUUCGACCUUCAUGAUUGCUGCUAAGAAAUCUUGGUGAUGGUCAAAAAAAUGAAUGUGAUGCUGGAAGGAUAUAGAAGUGAAAGGACUGUCUUGCAGGUGUGAAGUUGUCAAGAGCCGACCAGCGGUAUGGAAGAUUGAAAAAAAUCACAGAAAAACAAAAGGAACGUUGUUGAAGAGGUGAUAGGAAUGACGGGAUACAAAAAAACAAUUCCCACACGUUAGUAGGUCUUGGUACUCUUUUAUUAUAUGAUAUAGAAAGAUUGGGCGGAUGGUGGAUGUGCCGAGAGACUUGUUUCGAAGGUGAAGCGUGGGAUGUCGGAUCUCUGGUUUCAACCGGGGGCAGUCAGGGGUUUCCCCCAAAGACAAGACAAUCAGAGUUUACUGUCCGGGGGCCUUCAAACAUGCCCACGAGUAUCGAGAUCUCGCUUGUUGUUAUCCGUAGCUUAGUGCCAUCUACUGCUGCCAGCCAGUGUUUGAAGGACAUGCAAAACUUUAGUCCAUCAAAAUGUGGUGUUG